AUGGCCAUGGCGGGCUGCAAUGCCCGUCAACUCACUCGCACCUCAUCCCGGGCCUACUCUGCCCCCUCCAACGGCUCCAUCCCCGCCGCCAAGAAAAAGUAUGUCCCGACCAAGGGGACCUAUCCUCUCGGCUUCCGGACUUCGGGUACCAUAGUCGGCGUCAAGCCAAGCAACACGACUAAGCCGGACCUGGCUCUGUUGACCUCGGACGCGCCCUGUGCUGCCGCAGCCGUCUUCACCAAGAACAAGUUCCAAGCAGCCCCCGUCACCUUCAGCCGAAACCUCCUCGAGAAGAGGGAUAACAAGGGGAUCCAGAGCGUUAUCAUCAACUCGGGAUGCGCCAAUGCAGUCACAGGCAAGGGCGGCUUGGAGGAUGCCACCAAAAUGGCUCAGGAAGCCGAUAAGUGCCUUGGCCAGAACGAGAGCACAAUCGUCAUGAGCACCGGUGUGAUCGGCCAGCGGCUUCCCAUCGACAAGAUUCUCAACAAGGUCCCCUCCGCCCACGGCGCUCUUGGGGGGUCUCACGAGCACUGGCUGGCAGCGGCCAAGGCCAUCUGCACGACUGACACUUUCCCCAAGCUCAUGUCGCGCACCUUCACUCUCCCCUCGUCACCGGGCGUCGAGUACAGGAUAGCGGGUAUGACCAAAGGCGCGGGGAUGAUCCACCCCAACAUGGCCACGCUCCUAGGUGUCAUCGCUACGGACGCGCCUAUCGCCUCGGCCGCCCUCCCCUUGGCGCUCAAGCACGCUGUCGACCGCUCGUUCAACAGCAUCACGAUUGACGGUGACACGUCCACCAACGACACGGUCGCCUUGCUCGCCAACGGUGCCGCGGGCGGCAAGGAGGUCGCGGAGGGCACCCCCGAUUACGAGGCCUUCCGCACGGUGCUGUCCAACUUUGCGGCCGAGCUAGCCCAGCUGGUUGUGCGCGACGGCGAGGGCGCCACCAAGUUCGUCACGAUCCGUGUGACCGAGUCGGCCAGCGAGGAGGCGGCGCGGAAGAUUGCCAGCACCAUUGCCCGGUCGCCGCUCGUCAAGACGGCACUGUACGGCAAGGACGCCAACUGGGGCCGUAUCCUGUGCGCCACGGGGUACUCGCUUAUCUCGGAGCCCGGGCAGCCCAUCAAUGAUGUCCCUGAGAUCUCCCCCGAGGGGACCAAUGUGUCGUUUAUCCCCACCGAUGGCACGGCCGAACUGAAGCUUCUGGUCAACGGUGAGCCGGAGAAGGUUGACGAGGCGAGAGCUGCUGAAAUUCUUGAGCUCGAAGACCUCGAGAUCCUAGUCCGGCUCGGGCAGGGUGACAAGGAGGCGACGUACUGGACUUGUGACUACAGCCACGAGUAUAUGGUGGAGAAAUACAGGCCCGUCUUUCUCGACGACAUCGUGGGUAACACAGAGACAAUCGAGCGGUUAAAGAUCAUUGCCCGCGAUGGCAACAUGCCGCACGUCAUCAUCUCGGGCAUGCCCGGUAUCGGCAAGACGACAAGCGUGUUGUGUCUGUCGAGGCAAUUACUAGGCGACUCGUACAAGGAAGCCGUGCUGGAGUUGAAUGCCAGUGAUGAGAGAGGUAUUGAAGUAGUCCGACAACGAAUCAAGGGCUUUGCCCAAAAGAAAGUCACACUCCCUCAGGGGCGACACAAGAUCGUGAUCCUCGACGAAGCGGACAGCAUGACCUCGGGCGCACAGCAGGCUCUCCGGAGAACCAUGGAGAUCUACUCCAACACAACACGCUUCGCCUUUGCGUGCAACCAGUCCAACAAGAUCAUCGAACCGCUCCAAUCACGCUGCGCCAUCCUACGGUACGCCAAGUUGACAGACGCCCAGGUGGUCAAGCGGCUCCUGCAGAUUAUCGAGGCAGAGAAGGUCGAGUACAGCGACGACGGACUGGCGGCACUCGUUUUCAGCGCCGAGGGCGACAUGCGGCAGGCCAUCAACAACCUCCAAUCAACGUAUGCCGGGUUCGGGUUCGUGUCGGGCGACAACGUGUUCAAGGUGGUGGACUCGCCGCACCCGAUCAAGGUGCAGGCGAUGCUCAAGGCGUGCUACGAGGGCAACAUCGACUCGGCGCUCGACACGCUGCGGGAGCUGUGGGAUCUCGGGUACUCGAGCCACGACAUCAUCAGCACCAUGUUCAAGGUCACCAAGACCAUCCCGACGCUGAGCGAGCACGCCAAGCUGGAGUUUAUCAAGGAGAUUGGGUUCACGCAUAUGAAGAUCUUGGAAGGUGUACAGACCCUGUUGCAGCUGAGCGGUUGUGUCGCGCGGCUAUGCAAGCUGAACAUGGACCCGAAGAAGUUUGAGCUGCCGAAGAAGUGACAAAGGAGACGAAAGAGUAUUCCGUGCUCUUAGCGUCAUCUCUAUAAGAUACCC